UGUUCUCCACCUCUCUCCUCUAAACGAAGAUGUGGUUCUGUUGCAUGGCCGAGUGACGUCUAUGGCACACGAGUUUCCAGACUCCGAGGGAACAGGAGCAGCAAGCAGGAUGCUCUUCCCCCCUUCUGCCCAGGAGUCUCCGCGUGGUCUCCCAGACGCCAGCGACCUGUGCCUUGGACUGCAGUCUCUCAGCCUGCCAGGGUGGGAUAGGCCGUGGAGUACCCAGGAUACGGAUGCUGCAGCCCAGCCAAGCACGCAGUCUGUUCUCAACAUGCUGGGCAAUCCAUUUGGGAAGCCACCACUGGGUUUCCUGCCACUAGAUCCCAUUGGCUCAGAGCUGAGCGAGAACCUUCCGACUCCGACUUUGAGGGCCUCCCGCUUGGACAGCAGUCGAUCCCUCCUGUAUUCACGUUCCAGCAGUCCCUCUGAUUCUGACACUAGUGGAUUCAGCUCUGGAUCUGACCAUCUCUCAGAUCUGAUUUCAAGCCUCCGCAUCUCUCCUCCUCUGCCAUUCCUGCCUCUUGGAGGCAUUACCAGAGAUUCCUUAAAUGGAGCAGGAUCUCACCUGGAUCAAGAGCAGGCCACCUUGGCUGCUGUCACGUCCACCCCAACCAGCAUGCCCAAGCAGUGGCCUGGGGCCUCUACCUGGCCAUCCUGGAACAUAACUGACUCCCCAGAGGAUCCCUUCAGCAUUGAAAGGGAAGCCAGACUGCAUAAGCAAGCCGCAGCUGUGAACGAGGCAACUUGCACAUGGAGUGGGCAGCUCCCACCUCGAAACUACAAAAAUCCCGUUUACUCCUGCAAGGUGUUCUUAGGAGGCGUUCCUUGGGACAUUACAGAAGCGGGUCUGAUCAGCACCUUCCGUGUGUUUGGCUCGCUGAGAGUGGAGUGGCCUGGUAAGGAUACCAAGCAUCCCCGCUGCCCUCCCAAAGGUUAUGCCUACCUGGUGUUUGAAUCAGAGAAGUCUGUGCGUGCUCUGCUCCAGAAUUGCUCCCGAGAUAUGUUGAGUCCCAGUGGUCUGAGCGAGUACUAUUUCAAGAUGUCGAGCCGUAGGAUGCGGUGCAAGGAGGUGCAGGUGAUCCCAUGGGUCUUGGCAGACAGCAAUUUUGUGCGCAGCCCAACUCAGAGGCUUGACCCUGGCAAGACAGUCUUCGUGGGAGCCCUUCAUGGGAUGCUGAAUGCAGAGGCCUUAGCAGGAAUCCUCAACGACCUGUUUGGAGGGGUUGUGUAUGCAGGUAUUGACACAGACAAGCACAAGUAUCCAAUUGGAUCUGGCCGUGUCACCUUUAACAACCAGCGCAGCUAUCUGAAAGCAGUGAGUGCCGCGUUUGUGGAGAUCAAAACAACGAAGUUUACAAAAAAGGUUCAAAUCGAUCCAUAUCUAGAAGAUGCCAUGUGUCAGGUCUGCAGAUCUCAGCCAGGCCCUUUCUUCUGUAGAGAUCAGGUGUGCUUUAAAUACUUCUGUCGCUCUUGCUGGCACUGGAAACAUUCCAUGGAGAUCUUACACCACCACCGUCCACUGAUGCGCAACCAGAAGAACCGAGACGCCAGCUAGAGCAGCGGCUGAGAGCUGCUACCGUUUGCAGGGCAAAGCUCUUCUGUUUACUUGCCACAGGGAAGAGAAGCCCACCGA